AUGAACUUUAUCUUGUUCUUGGGCAUAUCAUAUCAUAUCACACUCUAUCAUCACCCUCGUCCCUCUUCUUCUCUUUCUCUUAUCUUUGACAUGAAUACUCUUUCUUCCACGCUCCAUAGCGCGUGCCCUCCCCUUCCACGCGCCGCGUCGCCGUGGCCAGCUCCCAAAUGCCACGCAAGAUUUCAUCGCGUCAAGGCUUCCAUUGCCGUCGAGCAACAAACUAAGGUUGCUCUCAUCAGAAUUGGUACCAGAGGAAGUCCACUAGCUCUAGCACAGGCAUAUGAGACCAGAGACAAACUCAUGGCAUCACACGCAGAGUUAGCUGAAGAGGGGGCUAUUCAGAUUGUGAUAAUUAAGACAACAGGUGACAAGAUCCUCACACAACCACUUGCAGACAUAGGUGGAAAGGGUUUGUUCACAAAAGAAAUAGAUGAGGCACUCUUAAAUAGUGAAAUCGACAUUGCUGUCCAUUCAAUGAAGGAUGUUCCCACUUACUUACCUGAUAAAACAAUUCUACCAUGUAACCUUCCGCGAGAGGAUGUCAGAGAUGCAUUUAUAUCUUUGAGUGCAACUUCGUUAGCUGAUCUUCCGCCUGGAAGUGUUAUUGGUACUGCCUCACUAAGAAGAAAGUCACAGAUACUCCACAGAUAUCCAUCUCUAAAUGUGCAGGAAAAUUUCCGUGGCAAUGUCCAAACAAGGUUAAGAAAACUCAGUGAUGGGGUUGUUCAAGCUACACUGUUAGCAUUAGCCGGGCUCAAACGCUUAAGUAUGACAGAAAAUGUAACUUCUAUCCUAUCAAUUGAUGAUAUGCUUCCAGCUGUUGCCCAAGGCGCUAUUGGAAUAGCCUGUAGAAGUAAUGACGAUAAAAUGGCAGAGUACAUUGCUUCGUUGAAUCAUGAAGAAACAAGACUAGCAGUUGUCUGUGAAAGGGCCUUUCUUCAGACUUUGGAUGGGUCUUGCCGAACUCCUAUUGCGGGGUACGCUUGCAGAAACGAGGAUGGCAAUUGUUUGUUUAGGGGAUUGGUUGCUUCCCCUGAUGGAACCCGCGUACUAGAGACAUCCAGGGUUGGUCCAUAUGCUGUUGAAGAUAUGAUUGAGAUGGGUAAGGAUGCUGGGAAGGAGCUUCUGUCUCGGGCAGGACCUAACUUCUUCAGUAGUUAA